AAACAUUUUACCUUAUUUGAAGCGUCUUACAAACCCUAGUCCCCCAAUCCAACAGGCCACACACUACCGCCUCGACCCGCAGGCACCAUCGAUACUGAGCUUAACUUUGAUUAGAGCUUCGGCUUGAAGCAAUUGCAGGGAAUCAACCGUACUAAGCGAAGCUCUCACCGGUUUUAUUUUUCUGGUGCUUUUACUUCUCAGUCAACCUGUGAGGGGAUGCUCAAAGGGGAAAUUUGGUUUGGGGCGUGAUGGCGUGGCAUAGUGCUGCAACGGGGCUUGCUGCGUCGUUUGAGCAGAGGGCAAAGAUAUGAUGGAGAUUUUACAAGGACCAGUUAUUCGUCUAUCCAUAGUGCUUAUUCUGCGCUGCUUUUGGUUGUACUUUGAAGUUUCCUAUAGCUGUUGGGGAGGAAGAUAAUCUGUAUUUAUCCUUGUAUUGACAUCUGAACAUGCCUAAAGAGAGAAGAGAGCGUUCCUUGUCCCUUGAUAGGUCAAGGCUAUCUCCUUUCCCUUGUAGCUCUAGUUAUCCAAGACAAUCUUUAACAAAAGAUCCAUUAGAGGAUGACAAGAAUGUUAGAGAAUGGGAAGCUGCACGAUGUCCAGUGUGUAUGGAACAUCCUCACAACGCCAUUUUACUUAUAUGUUCAUCACAUGAGAAAGGCUGUCGUCCUUUCAUGUGUGACACAAGCUACCGCCACUCGAAUUGUUUUGACCAAUUUCGGAAGUCAUUCAGUGAUGCUUCAGCAGAGUUACAGAGUCCCGAAAAUGUGCCAAUCUUGACAUCGUCUUUGCUGUCUUCCACAACAGUUUCAGAGAAUGCGGUUUCUGACCUGGAAGGCGAAAGAAGUCUGGAAGGACCAAUUCCCAUCACUGUACCUUCUGAGAACUCAGUGAAAUCAAAGCUAGUUUGCCCUCUUUGCAGAGGCCUAAUAAAUGGUUGGACUGUGGUUGAGGCCGCCCGUCAUUUCAUGAAUGCAAAAUCAAGAAGUUGUGCCUGUGAGACAUGUGAAUUCAGUGGCACGUACACUGAUUUGCGAAAGCAUGCUAGGUUGGUGCAUCCCCUUGUGAGGCCCACAGAUGCUGAUCCAGAAAGGCAGCGUAGCUGGAGGAGAUUAGAGAGGCAGAGGGAUCUGGGAGAUUUACUUAGCACGCUUCAGUCUUCUAUUGGAGAAGACAGGGCCGAGGAAAGCACUUUGACCAUUGAUGAGGGUGGUUGGCUGACUGUCUUUUUCCUUGUUCGAUUUAUUCGACCAGGGAAUACUUCAAGUAGAUCCAGUACUGCAAGAGCCCGUGCUCAAGUGGCGGUACGAAGAAGAUCAUCUAGAAGGCUUUGGGGUGAAGGCUAUGACGAGGAACCUGAUUCUAGAGAUGAGGACAAUGGAUCUUCUGACAGUGGGCAAAGUCUUCCUCGGCACUAUGUGAGGAGGCGGCUGCAUAACCCCGAGAAUCAGUGAUUGAUACUGACAAUGUGGGAAGUCCUAGAGCGUGGGAGACAGUUGCCUGUGAGGAUAAAGCAUAUAAACUUGUAUUUUAUAAUAUUUUGGCACCUUUUUACCUUCAAAUGCCGAAUUAUUCCUCAUCGAAUUGCAUAAAUUCGGAUUACUUCGUUAAUUUCUUUCUCUACACCUCUGCAAUAAUGAGUGGAGCAUUGCAUUAUUGUGUUGUAUAAAUGAAGGACUUCGUUUGAAAGUGUGCCGAUCUUGAAUCGUCAAAGAAAUAUGAUUUUAGUUUUUAAUUA